CAUGCCCAGACCCCAGACAACACACACGAAGAGGAAUGUUUCUCCCCCCGAACCUACCAGCAUGGACUCUUUGGUACUUUAGGAAAUCAUAUACCCAUUUUUGCUUUUACUCACAGAUUUUGUUUUUCAACCGUUCUACACAAAAGAAUGCACCUCAAAUAUCCUAUCUCCCGGCUAUAGAAUCGUGACUCCCCAGUGUGCAAGCUCCAAAAUAGGAAAACCCUCCAUUGCUCUCCAGUGUCAGACAACACACCAAUCAUUUCAAAAUGGCUGCUCUCAUCACAGAGAACUUCAAGUUUGUCUCGCUCUUCUUCAAGAGCAAGGACGUAAUGAUCUUCAAUGGCCUGAUAGCCCUGGGCACGGUGGCCAGUCAGACAAUGUACAACAUAUUUGCCUUCGACUGCCCGUGCUCCUCCGGGCGGAACUAUCUCUAUGGCCUGGCAGCCAUCGGGGUGCCCGCCCUGGCAUUCUACCUCGUUGGCAUCAUGCUGAAUAAGAGUACCUGGGAUCUGGUGUCUGAGUGCCGCCUCAGGAGGUGCCGGAAACUAUCGGGUGCGGCUGCCUUCGCCGUCCUGGGCACUAUCAUUGGCAGAGCGGCCGUGGCUCCAGUGACGUGGGCUGUCAUCUCACUGUUACGUGGGGAGGCCUAUGUCUGUGCCCUCAGUGAGUUUGUGGACCCUUCAACCUUGGAAGGUUUUCCCUCUGGACAGGGGUUAGAGGUCAUGGCCAGGUUUCCUUGUAAAUCCACGGUCCCACAGGAGAUGCAGGGCUUUUGGGCAGAGAUUGAACGCCGGCUGAAGUACGAGUCUCAGCUGCUAGGGUGGCUGAUGGUGGCGGGGAUGUCAGUGGUUCUGUUCCUCCUGCUGUGCAUGAAGCGCUGCUGCUCUCCCCUGGGCUACCAACAGGAGGCGUACUGGUCCCAGUUCCGCUCCAACGAGCACGACCUCUUCCAGCGCACGGCCGACGUGCACUCCCGUAUCCUGGCUGUUGAGAGUGUUAAGAGCUACUUUGGCUUCGUGGCCCUGGAGAAAGAGGAGAAACAGCAGCUGGAUGAGCACCAGAAUGCCAGCCCCAUCUCUAGUACAGAGUGGAACCGGAUCACUGGGAUCUGCUUGUACAGAGAGAAAAAGGGAUUGCCCCUCUAUAGCCGCCUCAACAAGUGGGCCCAGUACAGUGUGGAAAACAACAUAGACGCCAUGGAGAAAGAGAUGGACACUCUGAGCUGACUGGCACUGGACACCCCAGUGUUCUUCAGCCAUAAUCCUGGGAACCCACUGGGAGUGCAGGCUUUUGUUCCAGCCCAGCACUGACACAUUCAACUAAUUAACUUAAUAGUCAACUCCUUGAUUAGUUAAAAGAAUCAGGUGUGUAAGCACAGGGCUGGAGCAAAAGCAUGUCCACCUGAUGUGUCCCCAGGACCAGGGUUGAAGAACACUGACCUCGGUAGAUUAGUCUUUUACUUGUAUUAUCCCACAUUUGUAUUUAUUACACCCUUCGGCUAGUGAUGGCACAUGAUAACUAUUGGAAGUAAAUUGGAAUGGACUCAAAUAUGGAUUGAACUAAUGUUCCCAACGUUACACUGUCAUUGUUCCCCAUUUACUUCUGCUCUCUUCCAGUUUUCAAAUGGUUGUAAUGGUUGAUAAAGGACGAUAGUCCAAAGUAUUUUUUGGGAGUUUGUGUUUAUAUGCUUAUUGUGUCUAGUUCAGGGUCCAUGUUUAACAGAACAUUUUAUGGAGGUGUUUUACCCUCCCUCUCAAUAAGAGACAAGCUCUCAGACUAGAUGGCCUGUAACUGUAACAUCCUGCACUUCCAAACAUCAGCUCGUAGACAGCACCGUUUUCUCUGUCAGGAUUCAGUUCUGUUGCUUUUUUCUUCGUAAUUUUCCAUAAAAACGACCUAUUAUGCCUGUCGUCCUGGGUAUCUCUAAGAUAGUCGCUAAAUCUGUCUGUGUCUGUCUCUGUCUCUGUCUUUGUCUCUGUCUUUGUCUCUGUCUCUGUCUCUGUCUCUGUCUCUCUCUGUGUGUGUGUGUGUGUGUGUGUGUGUGUGUGUGUGUGUGUGUGUGUGUGUGUGUGUGUGUGUGUGUGUGUGUGUGUUUAUCUGCUUGUCUCUCUGACUAUCUGAUUCACUGGCUGCCUGAUUGUCCGACUGUCAAACCCAUCUGAUUGUCUGCUUAUCUGUAUAGGACAGUUAUCUGAACUCGUCAUGAGAGGCCUCAGUUGCUCGCGGGGCUGAGUACCCAUAUGCCCUCCUCACCCCCGGCCCAUCCCUGGUCUAGAAGCCGUUCAUGUGUACCUAUCUGUUUGCCUGUUUGUCCUCAUGUCUGUCUAUGUUACCAUGGUCGAAUUCCUGCCCAACUGCAUUGCAUCAACCAAUAGUUGCGUGCCACCACUGCCACGUCAUUGACUGUGCAGUCAAGCAUCAGAUUGCUAUAUCAAAUGAUGUGGUUAGCUGAUAUGUUGAAUAUGUAUCCAUGCGUUGUAAGCUCUGGCAUGGCGUCUGCAAUGUAGUCGACCAGGAACUCAACCCAUCUGUCUGCCUGCUGUCUGCCUGCUUGCCUUUCUGCCUAUCUGCCUAUAUGGCUCCUGCUCUGUUGUCGCCUAGUAAUAGCUUAUAGCUGGAAAGAGGGCAGGGGAAGGAGGGAAGUAAAAGGAGAGGGAAAG